GACACGCCAAGGAGGUGUGGCGUCCGAGCCCCCUUCGUCAGUGUUGCCCCAACAGCCAACGCGAGUGCACGUCUCCUCUCUCUCUCUGCCUGUCACCACACGCCCCAUCACCAUGAGCUGGCCAUCCUUCUACGGCUACAAGUACACCCCCAUCGGUCUCCGCCAGAGGGAGAGGAAGGACGACUCCGGCACCAGGUCCAUCUGCACCACCGUGCACCUGCCCCAGGGAGGACACCUGCUCGACAUUGAGAGGCAGUACGGCAUCGAUGGCUCAAUGGCGAAGAGGG